ACAAAUAACAAAGUUGGCAAAUUGCGUUACAUUUAGUCUUCGGUUACGUGGCACUAAGUUUAAAAUAAAAAAAAAAAUCUUGAAGUUCGUCUGAUUAUUCCUGUGUAUUAAAUUUACGAAUAAGUUUGACACCAAGCCAAGGAGAGCUUUAAGUAUCUAUUGGAAAAAGUUGCAAUACAUUGCGUUUAUCAAUCAUGAUAAGACUUGCAAUAAUCUUCUUUCUAAUCUCCAUGAUUGAAAGCCAAAAUUGUGACUAUGAUAUUGAUCAGUUAAAAGAAAUAAAACAAAUUUUCCAUGAUUCUGAAAAACGAAUGAAAAAAGCAACUCAAUGUCAAAGUAAAAAUGCGGCAAUUGUCAUAGGAAAUGGAAGAGGGGGCAAAAGUACACUAAUUAAUUACUUAAUGGGAAAUGAAUUGGUAGCUACUCAAUCUAACAAAUAUGAGGACAUUAAAAUAAAUAAAGCUAACAACAAUAUCAGAGGACCAGAAAUUGGUUCUGGAACACUGUCAACUACUACAAUUCCCACAAAAUGGAACUCAAUAAGGUCAGAAUUACAUAAUUUGGACAUCUGGGAUAGCGCUGGAUUUGCGGACAAUAGAAAGAAAAUGCAAGAUUUAAAUAAUUCCUUUCAUCUCUAUCAUUUGACAAGAAAAGUCGAAAAUCUAAAACUUAUUUUAAUUAUCAGUUUUGAUGAAAUUAUUAAUGACAAUGUUGAUCAGAUGAGAAGACUUUUAAGUUCUUUAGAAAGAUAUUUUAAUAACACGUUUGAAGUUAUUUUUCCAGCUAUAUCAGUAAUUAUCUCAAAAGCACCUGAAAUGGAUGAUUUUGAAAAUUUAAUCGAUUAUAAAUACAUAAAUACUAAAUUAAAUAAUAGUUUUUUAUCAAGUUCACAAUUGGAUGUAUCCCCAGUUUCAAAAAGAUUUAUACGGAAUAUAAUAGAGAAUAACAAUCGUUUAGCCAUUUUCAAGCGAGCACAACAAACGGGGACUGUUACUUCUGAUAUCGAUGUUAAUAUUAUUCAAGCUAUUAAUAACUGCGAGAGCAUAAACAAAUCAAUUCGCCAAAAUAUAGGUUUAACAUUUUCACAAGAAUCAGAAAAUUGCCUACUAAAUGCCAGUCAGAUAUUGUUUCCCAUACAAGAAAUUUUACAGUUUCAGAAUGCACUGUUCAGCUCGUUAAAUGAAAAUUUCGAUACUUCUUGUCAAUCCAAUAAUACUAUUACUUUACAACUCAAUAGUGACGAAUUGAAAAAAAUCAACGAAAGUUUGAAUACUUUGACGAAUAAUUCUAAAACAGAGGUUAAAAUUAAAACUCUGGAAAUGAUUAGUGAUAAUUUGAAAAAUUUCAUCAACAACAAUGAUAUUGAUACUAAAAUAAGUCUAAUUCAAUUUCUUGAUUUUAUACUAAAAAGAGAUGAAAUGAGUUAUAUAUCCACUCCAGUAAGUGAUCUUGUUGAUUCCGUAAAAGUGAAAAUCCGCUCAUUGUUAACAUUAUGUUCAUUUAAAUUAAAGGAAAUAACAGAGGUUGAUUAUGAAAAAAAAAAAGUUGAAGGUGCUAAGGACUCAGAAAGAGUACUGAAUAAUACGAUUAAUAAUAUAUCAAAUCUCAAUGUACGUAAAGAAGAACAAAGCGCUUGGCAACAAUUUCUGAAAGACCUUGCACGCUUUCUUCAAUUAGACGGAAGUGCUAUGACUAUGGGUUAAGUUAAACAAUUGUAAACUUGCAAAGAUGUUAUUAUCUACUGAAUGUAAACAAUCGUUUCAAGUGUUUUCAAAUUCUUUCAGGUAAUAUUGUUCCUUACGAUCGCACACAACUAUUAAACCAAUCAUGUUUCUGAAAAAAAA